AUGCGGAUCCAUAAAUAAAAUAAAAUAUCUACCGAGUUUGUUCAUGUAUAACUAUAAGAGCAAUUAAAAAACAAGAGUUAAAUUAAGACCAACCAUAACUAUCAUCACGAGCGACACCGUUUAAUUUUUCCAGAUUUGGAAGAAAGAAAAGAUCUGAAGCAACGAUUUAACAACGGCGUCGACUGAAGUAGCAUCAUCAAUGGCUAACGUUGGAAAGUUAACGGCGGCGGCGGACCUGGAAGCGUCGUCGUCAACUAUGGCAGCAAGGAUGACAACGGCUGGCUCCUUUAAUUUCUUAUUCUCUGAGUACCAAGAAAGAGAUGGAGAACAAUUGUGAGAUCAAGAAUGAUAUUACCGAGUUAAUAGGAAAUACUCCAUUGGUUUAUCUGAAUAAGAUUGUGGAUGGUUGUGUAGCCCGCAUUGCUGCCAAGCUUGAAAUGUUUUCUCCUACUGCCAGUGUCAAAGACAGAAUUGCGAAAAGUAUGAUUCAAGAUGCGGAAGAUAAGGGCUUGAUUAUGCCGGGCAAGACUGUCCUUGUUGCACCCUCAAGCGGGAACACUGCCAUUGGUUUAGCAGCAAUUGCUGCGCUCAAGGGCUACAGACUUAUAAUUGCAAUGCCAGCUUCAAUGAGUCUCGAGAGAAAAACCGUGCUGCGAGCUCUCGGAGCUGAGGUUUGCCUUUCUGAUCCAGUCAGCUCCUUUCCAGGGGCACUUGAGAAGGCAGAUGAAAUACUAAGGAGAACUCCUAAUUCUUUUAUGAUUCAGCAAUUUGAUAAUCCUGCAAAUCCGCUGAUUCAUUAUGAAACCACCGGCCCGGAAAUAUGGAGAGACACAGAAGGAAAAGUUGAUAUCUUGGUUUCAGGAAUUGGAACUGGUGGUACUGCCACCGGGGCUGGGAGAUACCUCAAGGAGAAAAACAAAGAGAUCAAGGUGUAUGGUAUAGAACCAGCUGAAAGUGCAAUCCUGAAUGGUGGACCACAUGGCGCACAUAUGAUCCCAGGACUUGGAGCUGGAAUCGUCCCUAAUGUUUUAGAUGUUGAGUUGCUUGAUGAAGUUCUUAUUAUACCAACUGAAGAAGCCAUUGAAACUGCUAGACUACUUGCCUUGAAAGAAGGGUUGCUGGCUGGGAUAUCUUCAGGAGCAGCAGCAGCUGCUUCAAUUAGAUUGGCAAAGAGGCCUGAAAAUGCAGGGAAACUCAUUGUUGCUAUAUUCCCAAGUUGCGGAGAGCGUUACUUAUCUACCAGGCUUUUUGAUUCAAUUAGGCAUGAAGUGGAAAACAUGACUUAUGAAUAACAAUCCAAUAUGAACUUUCAACUUAUUGUUUGAAUUGCCUCUGUAACUUGUGAUAAUCUUGUUGUUAAACAUUGUAUUCGAUUUUAAAACAUAAUAAAAUAUAGUAGGUCAUAGAAUGUUACUUA